AACUGGCCCUAGUGACGUUGUCUCCCCAAAAAUGGCGAAACGUGAUGCUUUUAAAAUUCCUUUUGAUCGAAGAUCUUGCGAUAAAGGAAGGUGGUUUAAGCAAAUGUGCCCUCCCGAAACAUGUGCGUCACUUGUUAAUCAGUUUUCUCUUCGUAACCUGAAUGCCAUUUGUUGAGCCAAUCUGGAACAAAUUCAGCACGAAAACCAGUUCGUUUUGUUUGACUUGUUUGCAAUCCCAAUGUCAGAUAAAUUUCAUCGCCCUUUCAUUCAGCGCUUGAGUUGUAUAUAAAGGCAGCAAUGGAACAGUCAACAACAUCAGUUUCUGAACUGCCUCAAUUCUCUCAAUCAACUGCUCAACAUGAAGUUCUUGAUGCUUAUCGCACUUGUCGCCAUCGCUGCGGCUGAUGACCACGAUUAUUCUCCCUCGUACAAGACUUCGUAUUCAGCCCCGUCAUAUUCUGCCCCAUCUUAUUCUUACUCUGCCCCAUCUUACUCUUAUUCGGCCCCUACUUACAGGAAGACGGUGCUUGUUUACCCGGCUCCUCAUUACGAAACCGUCGAAUACGCUGGCUAUACCCACGGUGGUAAAAAGGGAAAGAAAGCCGUCCCCGUCUACAAGGCAGUCAGCAAGUACUAAGAUGCACUAGCUAGGCUCUUGCUGAAUAAGCAAAUGUUCCACCACAUGUUGCACCUGUUUGCCGCAACUUAAAUGAUACAUUUUAUAGAAUCAUAUAUUCAUAUAUUUAAAUAACUUUAAGAUAAAAUACUCUAUGUAGGAAAAAAAUUACUUGUAUGUCACUUUGUCCGAAAUAUAUGCCUUAUUAACAAGUCUUA